AUGACCUCCGUAGAAACCCUCAGCGAGCUGCCGCUCGACACCAGCUCCAACCUGGCCAUCUCCUCGCUGCCGUCCAUCUCCGUCUCCUUUACAGACUCGUUAGCCGACUCGUUCGCCGAUGAGCUCGACCUCGACCCCAACCUGUCGCCCGAGGACCAACGAGCCAAGCUGACCGACAUCUUCAUCCGAGCCUGCUCCAACGGUGACGUCUCCAAAGUCAAAUACCUGCUCGAGACCAAGAAGGACUCGUUCGACAUCAACGGCAAGGACGAAGACGGUAGCUCGGGACUCAUCUUUGCUGCCUGCUUUGGUUGGACCGACAUUGUGAUUCUCCUCAUCGAGCAUAGCGCUCUUGUCGACGACAAGGACAAACAUGGAUGGACUCCGCUACUGUGGGCCUGCUCCAACGGCCAUGACGAGGCGGCCCGCGCUCUGAUUGAUGGAGGGGCAAGCAAGGACAUCAAGUCCAACCGCGGCAGGUCGCUCAAGGACCUCGUUCAGCGCACCAGCUCCGGCAAGCAAAUGUCCAAGAUCCUCGAAUACGAAUACAAGGAACCCGUCACGCCGUCAUCGCCAACCGCAUCGCACUCGACCCUGUCGAUGUCCGAUGGCGACCGGGCCAGCGCCUCGUGGAGCGACACCUCCGACACCGAAAACUACCUACUGUCGCCCAACCCAUCUCGGUCGUCGUACGUCUCCCGACGAUCGUCCACAGAUUCAAACUUCACGGCGCUGACAGUCGACGAGCUCGGUCUCUUUGAACAGGAUGAAGAAAGCGCCGAAUUUCUAUGGGAUCGGUGUCUGCCCGACCAAAUGUUUGUCUUUGGCGAAGAUCACAUCGACCACAUCCUGGAGAUCGCCAUCGAGCGCAUCAAGCCUUCAAGAACCGCGAACCAGCGUCCCAUCGCCGCCAAUAUCCUGUUUCUGUGCGCGCGAUACGCCCACUACUGGAAUACCUCAGAUAUCCUCACCGACUUUUUCAAGAGAGCCAUCACCCGAGUCAUUGAUGUUGUGGCGCAUACUCCCGAGGACCUCAACAUUAUCUCGUACUGGAUUGCCAACUGCACGCAAAUCAUCUACUACCUCAAGAAGGACCAGGGCCUGGUGGCCACGACCUUCCAGGCGCAGGCGACCUUGUCAGAGCUCAUCAACGAGCUCGCGAAUCUGCUCAUCCAGGAUCUGCAGCGCCGUCUUCUGGCCCUGAUCGAUGAUGCCAUUCUGGAGCACAACGGCGAGGACAGCCGGGUGCGCUUCGAAAACAUUUUCUCGAGCUUUUCCCGGCGCCGCAGCCACUUGCGCCGUCCCAAGGCCCCGAUGGCUGGUAGCCGCCCUAUCAAGAUCCGGUCGAGCUCCCUGCACUCCAAGCAGCCCUACCAGGUGUCGCCCUGGACCAUCAAGAACCUGUUCCACUCGACGCUCCUGAUUAUGAUCCACUGUUGCGUGCACCGGUCCAUUAUCCAGCAGGUCUUCCAGCAGGUCUUCCACUUUUUCAGCGCCCACAUCUUCAACCGAAUCCUGAGCCAGAAGCAGUACUGCUGCCGGUCUCGUGCCAUCCAGAUCCGCAUCAACCUUACCCCGAUCGAGGACUGGGUCCGCGAGUGCCCGCGAUAUUUCCGCACCGACGGCUCGUGCAAUCUCCUGAAGCAGCUCCGGCCCGUCGUCCAUCUCACCCAGCUCCUGCAGGUCAUCACGUCGAUACAAGACCUGGAUGGCUUCACCGAAACCAUGAUGACGCUCCACAGCCUGCGCAUACCACAGGUCAGCGCGGCCAUGCAGAAUUACAAGUACGAGGUCGGCGAGCCGUCGUUCUCGGAAGCGGUCGAAAUUUAUGUGCAAAAGGUGGUCGAAGAUAUUGAAAAGGCCGUCAAGACCGGGGAGGAGCCUGAUAUCCCUACCUUCCGGAGUGAGCUUUCGUCGACUUCGUCCUCGUCGUCGGCCUCUUCCGGCAGCCAGCUCGCCGAGCACGAGCAUGACAACAGCUUGGAUCCGUAUAUGGAUCCUGACUACCUGCUGCCCUUUUCUGUGCCUGCGAUGACAAACCCGGACGACGGUUGGCCCGGCAGCCUGACGCCGUACAUCCCCAACGAUAUCUUUGAACUGCUGGACAAGAAAGACGAGAACUACAGCGACCCCGACUACAUGAACGAGAUGGCUGACCGGCAGUGCGACGAGGCUUGAAGGAUCCGUGCCCCCUCGCCCUCCGUCAUUCUAUGCCUCUGUUUCUCUCGUGACGAUCCCAUAGACAUUCUGCUUUAUCCGAUGUAUUUUUUCCCCCCAUGUAUUUCCCUCCCGAGCGAUUCUUGUGAUGUGUCUCGAUUCAGUUCUUGUCUUGGUGCCUCCGAUCGGGCUCCUGCGUACGAGUUCACGCAUUUUCCUUCGUUUGUUGAUACAGCGUGCCCAUGUUGAAACGGGAGGCCUGUCUUGUUCUCGCUUCUGAAUACAUGCAUGUCCGUCCCAAUUGCCUAGGAACAUCGCAUCUUCUCGAGUCCAACAAGCAUGCCUGGCGUAUCGCCAUCCACACAACGCCAGCAGUGCAGCUGUUCCCGCUGAUGAGUGCACCUCAAUUAUACGUGCUGUAUUCAGAAGCUGACAGAGUGUCUUGGUUUCUCCGGAUGUGAGCUGCGCGGUGUCCCUGGAUGAUGUGUCGGGCGCCAGACUUGCAG